CGGCCGGGGCGGUGCGCGGGCGGCGCUCAGGGACCGUCGGGAGCGGGGCGGACGCUCGCGUCCCUCCUUCCCUCCCCGACUCUGGGGUGGCUGGCUCCGGCUCCCCGGCCGACAUGGGCGCCGCCGCGUGGGCACCGCUGCUGCGUGUGUCUCUCCUGCUGCUGCUUCUGCCGCUCCCGGGGAUGCCUGCAGGCUCCUGGGACCCGGCCGGUUACCUGCUCUACUGCCCCUGCAUGGGGCGUUUUGGGAACCAGGCCGAUCACUUCCUGGGCUCUCUGGCAUUUGCAAAGCUGCUAAACCGCACCUUGGCUGUCCCUCCUUGGAUUGAGUACCAGCAUCACAAGCCUCCCUUCACCAACCUCCAUGUGUCCUACCAGAAGUACUUCAAGCUGGAGCCCCUCCAAGCUUACCAUCGAGUCAUCAGCCUGGAGGAUUUCAUGGAGAAGCUGGCACCCACCCACUGGCCUCCUGAGAAGCGGGUGGCAUACUGCUUUGAGGUGGCAGCCCAGCGAAGCCCAGAUAAGAAGACGUGCCCCAUGAAGGAAGGAAAUCCCUUUGGCCCAUUCUGGGAUCAGUUUCAUGUGAGUUUCAACAAGUCGGAGCUUUUCACAGGCAUUUCCUUCAGUGCUUCCUACAGAGAACAAUGGAGCCAGAGAUUUUCUCCAAAAGAACAUCCGGUGCUCGCCCUGCCAGGAGCCCCGGCCCAGUUCCCUGUCCUGGAGGAACACAGGCCACUUCAGAAGUACAUGGUAUGGUCAGACGAAAUGGUGAGGACAGGAGAGGCCCAGAUUCGUACCCACCUUGUCCGGCCCUAUGUGGGCAUUCAUCUGCGCAUCGGCUCUGACUGGAAGAAUGCCUGUGCCAUGCUGAAGGACGGGACUGCAGGCUCGCACUUCAUGGCCUCUCCACAGUGUGUGGGCUACAGCCGCAACACAGCGGCACCUCUCACGAUGCCUAUGUGCCUGCCUGACCUGAAGGAGAUCCAGAGGGCUGUGAAGCUCUGGGUAAAGUCACUGGAUGCCCAGUCAGUCUACGUUGCUACUGAUUCUGAGAGUUACGUGCCUGAGCUCCAACAGCUAUUCAAAGGGAAGGUGAAGGUGGUGAGCUUGAAGCCCGAGGUGGCCCAGGUCGACCUGUACAUCCUUGGCCAAGCCGACCACUUUAUUGGCAACUGUGUCUCCUCCUUCACUGCCUUUGUGAAGCGGGAGCGGGACCUCCAGGGGAGGCUGUCUUCUUUCUUCGGCAUGGACAGGCCCCCUCAGCUGCGGGACGAGUUCUGAUUCUGGUCGGAACACCAGGCCUUCUGAUCCUGGAGGGACCAAAGUCUGAGCUGGUCCUUCCAGCCAGGCCUGGCAGCCAGAGGUGUUCCCAGCACUGCAAACUCCUCUUCUCACCUGCCAAAGAUGGAGAAGAGUGCCAGGGACCCCUGAAGGAGGGAGGCAUUCCAUAUCCCAGGGCAUUGGACUUCUGGGUUCCUAGGAGCAGGAGCAUCUCCCAUCACACGUGCUUCCUGCUCUUCUGGGAAUUUCUCACACCGGCAAAGCAGUCCAGCGUCCAUCUUUCAAUCCACUCUACUCUGAGCGGCCUGAGAUACUGAACUCUUGAGAGAUUUUUUUAUAGAGAGAUUUCUAUAUGCUUUUGAUACAAGAUCAUGACUACUCUAGAACUCUCUGCGGUUUUUGAAAAUCAGUGAAUUCCAUUAACGUAGGUACCUAAAGUGACCUUAACUGAAUGGAUGAGGCCAUGGCUGGUGUGGGUCACUGCUUUUCAAGGUGUCCCCCAAUGUGGCCCUCAAGAGCCAUCCCCACUUCCUGGCCAGAGCCAUUGUUGUCUCUGGCUUCCUAGGCCAUUUCUGGGGUUUAGGGCAUGAACACUGUCCUGCAUUGUAAACACUUUGCAAAUGGAAGUUAUCUGUCAUGGUGCUGUGCAGCGUUCUGUGGGCGACUAAGUGCCACUCAUGUGGUAUGUUCCUGGCAAGGAACACAUACCAUCAUGCCAUACUAUCACGGUGUUCUCACAGUCUUUUGGUGGUUGGUGGCCACGGCAAACCUGGCACCUUCUGAUCUCUUGCCCCAACGGGACUGGUUGGUAGAUGGCUGGCAUUAGGUUGAUAUCCAAAGCCUGUUCUCCAGGCCAUCCUCCUGCAGCUGGAAACUUAAGGCUAGAUUCUCACAAGGGAAUGUUAGCCAAGGCUCUGACCACGUAGAAGAUGCCCUCGGUCCAGAAGGCAUCACAGUUCUCAGUGGAGAAGCACCUUUUGACCCUUCCUUUCUGAUGUAAUCUCUGCCAACACCAUGAGGCUUAGGAUGCUCUGAGUCAUGAGUUUCGGUCUCUCGGAUGCUGCAGUUUUAGUAAUCCAUGACUCCUGAGAGUCCAUGGUGUUUUGACCUUGUGGUUCUAAAAGUCCAUGUCUGACCCUCAUAGAUCUUGUCCCUGCCAUGUCACCUCCCUCGGCCUUUAUCCAGGAAAAGGGGCAGAGCCUCCACUGAGCCAGGCCCAGAGCUCCAUGCUGGGCCAUCUCCCUUCAUUACCUGUGGGGGUAAACACUUUUUUGUCAGGAGCAGCCUGGGUCAGAGCUCAGAGGCCACAGUGUAUCAGAGAUCUCAAAUCAAACACCAAAGUCAGCAUUUGCUGCAUAGAGCUGACACCCAGCUCUAAGCAGGAGAAACUGCAGAAAGGGCUUUGGCAUCCUUCCCUCUUGGGAAAACAAUGAAGUGCUUUAAGUCCUGGGUGGACUGAGAGAUGGUUUGCCUGUCCAGACUUGCUCUCAGGCCUUAUCCAGAGAAAGAACUGCAGAUGAGAGAGCCCAUGCACUCCCUGCCCCCACCAGGUUGUAAGCCUGUGGCUGGUUGGCUGAUUUCAUCUUGGAAUUCAUUUGCCAUCUACAUCCUUACAUUGGGCACACACUUUAGAGUCUGAGACUCCAGUGGGGCCAUCCCAAUUUUUUUUCCCCCUGAGACAGGGCCUUGCUCUGUUUCCCAGACUGGAAUGCAGUGGCAUGAUCAUGGCUCACUGCAGCCUCAACCUCCCAGGCUUAAGCGAUCCUCCACCUCAGCCUCUCUGGUAGCUGGGGCUGCACGCCCAGCUCUAAAUCACCUUGAUUCACAUCAGCAGUAAUAAUUGCUUGUGUUCUAGAAGUUCUAGCAAGAUUAAGUUAUGUUCUGUGAGCUAGCACUUUUCCCUCUGACCCAGCUUUCUUACCUAUAAUAUGGUGGGCAGAUGCGGUGGCUCAUGCUUGUAAUCCCAGCACUUUGGGAGGCCGAGGUAGGUGGAUCACCUGAGGUCAGGAGUUUGAGACCAGCCUGGCCAACAUGGCGAAACCUCGUCUCUACUAAAAAUACAAAAAUUAGCCGGGCAUGGUGGCACAUGCCUGUAGUCCCAACUACUCGGGAGGCCACGGUGGGAGAACCAGUUGAACCUGGGAGGUGGAGGUUGCAGUGAGCCGAGAACGUACCACUGCACUCCAGCACGGGUGACAGAGCGAGACUCUGUUCCCUCAUCAAAAAAUAAAUAAAAUGGUGGUAAAAACUGACAGGUGUUCACAGGCCCAGAUCAGCUAAAGCGUGUACAUAAGAGCGCGUUGUAAACUUGAAAGAGACAAAGCCGCAAAUGUGGCUGUUGAUUAAUUUGACUGCCUCUUGUUGCUUGUCACCUCCGUGCCAGGCAACUGUGCUUGCUAAGUGCUUUAUGGACAUUCUCUUAUUUAUUCCCUAGCCCUAAGAAAUAGGAACUGUCAUUAUCCUUCUUCUGCACAAGAACAAAUUAAUGCCCAGAGAAUUCUCGUAAUUUUCCCAAGGCUGCCCAGCUGGUGGUGGUCAGCCAGAAGUUGACCUCCCAGAGCCAGUUCCAUUAGCCGCCAUGCUCUGCUGCCUCUAGCUCACAGAAUGCACUUUCCACCCUGCGCGCCAUGGAGGCCUCUGAUCAAAAAAUGGUCAGCCACCUUACCUUCUACUGGGCACCUGCUGUGAGUCUGCCUGUGCCAGAAGGGUUAAAGAGAGGAGGUUACCCAAGAAACAAAGCCCACAUGCAGCUUACAGCCGCCAUUGGAGAGUUUCUCAGUACAACAUGCUUUCAUUCAGUAGGUGUUUAUUGAUCACCUAUUAUGUGCCAGGCUCUAUGCUAGGUACUAGGGAUGCAGGAGAGAAUCAAACAUAAAGUCUUUGUUCUCAAGGAAUUUGCAUUCUAGAAAGUAGAAGACAAUAAAUAUACCAUGGGAGGUGUUGAUAAGUGCUAUGAAGAAAUAUAAAGGGCAUGGGAGCAAAAAGAGGCAGUGGAUCUAUUUUAGAUAAGGAGCCCAGGUGAGACCUCUGAAGAGCUACCAUGAAGGAGGGAGGGAGCACAUUCCCAGCAGAGAAAAACAGCACGUGCAAAGACCCUGAGGCUGGAAGAGCAGCAAGGAGGCCAGCAUGGCUGGAGAGGCAGGCGUAGGCAGGGAACUGAGCAGCAGAUAGAGCAGGCAAGCUGACAUUCUGCAGCCUGGCCAUGGUAGGCAGCUUUUAGUUGCAGAGAUAAGGGAAGCCGCCUAGGGUUCUGGGCAGAAAAGGGCACAAGCUGAUUCCCAUUUCUGAAGAACCUCUCUAGCUGGCCAUUGCCGAGGAGGUUGGAGAGAGAAGGGGUGAAAGCAGAGAGACCAGUGCGGGGUUGUUACAGGUAUGAAGGCGAGAGGCUGGGGUGCUGGGCUCCCCUAGACUAGGACUCCAGUGCCCUCUUCUCCCAAGAGACAAAGGCCAUUGCAUUGAAGGAGGCGGGAAAUGAUUAGAUUCUGAACAUAGAUAAUUAUUUUUCAAUCUUUUUCAAAGAUACAAUUAUUUGCAUAGUUUUAACCAUGCAAUUUAUAUGGCUUAAUGUACUAGUUUUUUACUUAAUAGUAUAUCAUUUCUUCCCUGUUGGUAUGUAGCCUGGAUAAAUGCUCUUAAUUAUUACUAAGGGGUGUUCCAUAGUUUAUUGUUUUCCUGUUUUGAGAACUUAGGCCAGGGGUGGUGGCUCACGCCUGUAAUCCCAGCACUUUGGGAGGCCAAGGCGGGCAGAUCACUUGAAGUCAGGAGUUCGAGACCAGCCUGGCCAACAUGGUGAAACCCCAUCUCUACUAAAAAUACAAAAAUUAGCUGGGCAUGGUGGCACAUGCCUGUAGUCCCAGCUACUUAGGAGGCUGACGCAGGAGAAUCGUUCGAACCCAAGAUGUAGAGGUUGCAGUGAGCUGAGAUCACACCACAGCACUCCAGCCUGGGUGACAAAGCGAGACUCCGUUUCAAAAAAUAAAAAAAUUGUUGGACAGGAAGCAAAAAAAAAGUUCAUUAAGAUAAAGUCCCAGAAGUAAAUUUGUUGGAUCAAACGCUUAAAACUUUUUGUUAUGGAAGGAUUCAAAUAUAAAUAAAAAAUUGUAAGUAAUUCAGUUUCAACAAUGA